UGUGUGUGUGAGGGUGUGUGAGGCUACUGCCGUCAUGCGCACUAAUCCUGACUGAGCUUACUGUUUAGAGCGGAAGUACGCGGUUUGGUAUAGAGCAGGGUUUUUUUAUAGUAGCUGUGCCAGGUCGUGUCGCGAGCGCAUCCAUUCAAACGAGCAGGACAGCUUGAGGGACAGCUGCUGAAGCGGCGGCGUCUCAGUGACCACAGGAGAUGCUUUGAGGAUUCUCCAAAGCUGUUCACUUUUGAGGAGGCCAGUGAAGGGAAGAGUGAUGGCAGGAGAGAAGAGUCCUCCAGAUGAGACGCACUCUUCCAGAGUCAUUCGGGUAGUGUUUCUGGCUCUUCUGCUGGACCUGCUGGGGUUCACAGUAAUCCUCCCCCUUCUCCCCUCCAUCUUAGAUCACUACAGUCAAACAGGGGAUAGUGUGUAUCUGUCACUACAAAGCAUUGUGGACUGGUUCAGGGGCACUGUAGGAGUUCCUUUGGAAAGAAAAUACACCAGUGUACUUUUUGGAGGUCUGAUUGGCUCACUCUACUCUUUGCUGCAGUUCAUUUUCUCUCCUGUGAUAGGAGCUGCAUCCGAUCAACAUGGCAGAAGACCGCUGCUACUUUUAACUACUGUGGGACUGAUUUUCUCCUACAUUCUGUGGGCUAUUUCUCACAACUUCAGUGUUUUUCUUCUGUCUCGUGUGGUGGGAGGAAUCUGUAAGGGUAAUGUCAGCCUCUGCACUGCUGUUGUUGCAGACUUGCCUUGCCCUAAAGCGAGAAACAGAGGAAUGGCAAUGAUUGGUGUUGCCUUCUCUUUGGGCUUCACUCUGGGCCCGUUAAUGGGAGCCUACUUUGCACUGAGACCAGUGGAUGCUGAGUUGUUUUAUCAAGGCCCUGCUCUCCUGGCAGUUCUCUUCUCUGUAGCAGACCUGCUGUUCAUUUUUCUCAUGCUUCCAGAGACUUUGCACAAGGGCACCUCGGAGCCCACAGGUGUUCAGGAGAUAGGAGACCUGCUCAACCCAGUGGCCCUUUUCAACUUCUCUGCAGUCACAAGAACAAAGGAGCCACCCUCCAUACAACGGAUGCGCAACCUUAAGGUACUGGGCUUGGUGUACUUCACAUACCUCUUCCUUUUCUCCGGUCUUGAGUUCACACUGAGCUUCUUAACUCAUCAACGCUUCCAGUUCUCCAGCAUGCAACAGGGGAAGAUGUUCUUCUUCAUUGGCAUCACAAUGGCAACAUUCCAGGGAGGAUAUGCACGCAGGAUCCAACCAGGUCAGCAGAUCCGGACAGUUCGCAUGGCGAUGUUUUUACUCAUUCCAGCCUUCAUACUCAUUGGAAUUGCAUGGAAUUUAAUAGUGCUCUACAUCAGCCUGUUUCUAUAUUCCUUUGCGGCUGCCAUUGUUGUGCCGUGUCUUUCAGCACAAGUAUCUGGACACGGCACAGCGAGUCAGAAGGGUACAGUGAUGGGGAUCCUGCGUAGUCUUGGCGCACUGGCCCGAGCACUGGGUCCAGUUGUGGCUUCCUCAGUGUACUGGCUUGCUGGAGCUGAGAUGUGCUUCAUCAUCAGUUCGGCUUUCUUUAUUGCCCCGUUGCUCUUACUGAGCCGACUAGAGCAACACAAAGAAGACUAAGAACACUCAUGCAGCUUUUACUGGAAAUCCCUUUUACAAACACUUUAUAUAUGUGGUACAUAUAUUUUCUACUUUCCUUUUUUAUAUACAUUUUUACACAACAAAACAUUUAUAGUACAAUAUGAUUUGAAAAGACUGCAGUGUAGUAGGACAAUGACAUGGUUUGGUUACACUAAAGGGUUGCACUAGAUAUUCAUUAAAUUUGAUUGCUAAAAUUAAAAACCUUUGUAACUCUGUA